AUUCAUGUAUUUUAAAUAUGUUUUAUUUUGAAUUUGAGAUACAUUUAAUUUCAAAAGUUAAUGACUAAGCCGAUUGAAUGACCUUAUUAAUAUGAUACUAUUAAUUUAAGUUUGAGACCUAAUUUAUAAUUUGGUCAUAAUUUGAGCGUCUGAUGCAAUUAACCUUUGGUUCUAUAGGGAUUUCUUUUUGGUUUUUAGUCCCAAUAAAAUUCAUAUAACUAUGCUUUGUCUAUUAAGUAAUAGAUGCAGGCCCAGUUAAAAUGGGUUUGGGGCUUUGGGCUUAUUGAGAAACAGGAAUUGAUCUACAAUACAAAGGAGGAAACUGAAUUAAAUUUAAAACUAAAUAAGAAAAUUCUAGUAGACGUUAGUUGAACGAGUUUUGCCCGGUGGUGAAGAAAAUAAGUUGGUCAACUGUUAACGCUUGUAAACAGGUUGCGGUUAGGAAUUGAGAAGCAGUUGCAGCAAAUCCUUUCAUUUACGACACAUAUGCCGUGCUUCACGGCAAUUCAGCUAAACAUCCUAACCGUCCUCCUCUUCUUCUGUUGCUGGGCGCCGAUCGCGCGAUCCUUGCCGGAUAAUUCGGGAUCUAUCCGGUUACCUUCCGGCGGAUUUACAAACGCCGAUGAGAACGAAGGCGUCUCCGCUCGAUUCAAUAAGCCGUCAUCCUGCCCGGUCAAUUGCUUCCGAACGGAGCCCGUUUGCGGCUUUGAUGGCGUCACCUACUGGUGCGGUCGCGCCGAUGCAUUAUGUGCCGGUACUCGCGUGGCGAAAGUAGGAUUUUGUGAGGUCGGGAGCGGAGGUAGCGCGUCGUUUCCUGGUCAGGCUCUGCUUUUGGUUCAUAUUGUUUGGCUCCUCUUGCUUGGCUUUUCUGUAUUGUGUGGUCUUUUUUAAUGUUUCCAAACACAGACUUUUUUUGUGUGUUAUUUUUCCUCUCUCGGAUUCUAUCUGGAUUCCAUUUGCCUACCAUGUCAUUUUCUCAUCUGUAUUACUGUAAAUCAUAUUCUUUGUAUUAAUAUACCAAUUUGGUUCUCCUUUCAUUAUAA